AUGGGCCCGCGGAACCGCGAGCGUCGAGCCGGGGCGGUACAGAACACCAACGACAGCAGCGCCCUCAGUAAGAGUUCCCUGGCUGCACGCGGGUACGUGCACGACACUUUUGCUGCGUUAUUAGUCCCGGGGGCCGCGCGCCGUGCGCCGCUCAUCCACCGCGGUUACUACGUCCGCGCACGCACAGUGCGGCACUGCGUGCGCGCCUUCUUGGAACAGACGUGCGCGCUCCCCACAUCGCCAUGCGCGCAGAUCUUGUCCUUAGGCGCGGGCUCGGACUCGCUGUAUUUUCGCCUCAAAUCUGCGGGUCGCCUGACUCGAGUUGCGGUUUGGGAGGUGGAUUUUCCAGACGUAGCGCAGCGCAAAGGAGAGAGGAUUCGCGAUACGCCGGAAUUGUGCGCGUUAACCGGGCCUUUCCAGAAAGGGGUGUACGCGUCCGCGUCAGUCUUUGAGAGUUUGGACUACCGCAUCCUAGGCGUGGACCUUAGGCAGCUCCAGCGAUUGGACGAGGUCCUUGCUGCCACAGGCCUUAACGCGGCCAUACCCACUUUGCUCCUAGCAGAGGUCGUGCUAACCUACCUUGAGCCUGAGAGUGCCGCAGCCCUCAUCGCCUGGGCAGCCCGGCGUUUUACUAAUGCCCUUUUCGUGAUCUACGAACAGAUGAAGCCACAUGAUGCCUUUGGCCAAUUCAUGCAGCAACAUUUUCGGCAGCUGAAUUCUCCUCUUCAUGGCCUGGAGAGCUUUCCCGACGUGGAGGCUCAGCGGCGCCGUUUCCUUCAAGCCGGCUGGACAGCUUGCAGUGCCAUGGACAUGAAUGAAUUCUAUCGCAGCUUUGUCCCCGCAGAAGAACGCUGGAGGAUAGAAAAUCUUGAACCCUUCGAUGAAUUUGAGGAGUGGCAUCUGAAGUGUGCCCACUAUUUCAUUCUGGUAGCUUCUAAGGGAGAUAACCUCUCCCAAACCCUGGUAUUGCCACCCACAGAAACGUUUACUUGGGUAAAUCCUCCUUCCCCUUCAGGGGUCUUCCCUGUCAGUGUAGUCCUGAGUGAUAGCCAGGGCCCUAGCCUUAAGAGAUAUGGCCAUGCCUCUACCCUCUUGAGCCCUGGCAUUAUUCUCAGUGCUGGAGGUUUUGGAGAGCAGGAGGGGCAGCACUGCCGAGUGAGCAAGUUUCACUUGCUUUUAAAAUAUUGUGAGUUUGGGUGGAAAGGCAGCCAGAUACGCAGUUGGGAGGCUGGAGCCAAGUGGGAUGGACGCCUUUAUCACACCAUGACAAGACUUUCAAACACUCAGGUUCUGGUUCUAGGAGGGAGAUUGUCCCCAGUGACUCCAGCCUUGGGAAUUCUCCAACUUUGUUUUUGUAAGAGAGAGGAUGAUAGUACUCAGGAUCUGAAAGUGACAGUAACAAAGGCUGGCCCAGAAGAAGAUUCCACUUUGUCACGUUGGCGGCAUUCAGCAACAGAAGUGUCCUAUCAAAAUCGGAAAUACUUGUUUGUGUAUGGAGGUCGAAGUGUGAUGGAACCUGUACUAAAUGACUGGCAUUUCCUACAUGUGGGAACAAUGGCUUGGGUCAAGAUCCCUGUAGUAGGGGAUCCACCUAAAGCUAGGCAUUCCCACAGUGCCUGCAGUUGGCAAGGAGGAGCCCUUUUGGCUGGAGGUCUGGGGGCUUCUGAGGAGCCAUUGGGCUCUGUACUCUUUCUGAAACCAAUCUCUUGUGGAUUUAUUUGGGAAACAGUGGAGUUCCAGCCUCCUAUUACCCCAAGAUAUUCCCACACAGCUCAUGUGCUCAAUGGGAAGCUUCUAUUAGUUGGCGGGGUCUGGAUACAUUCUUCCUCAAUUCCUGGAGUGACUGUCAUUGAUUUGACCACAGGACUGAGCUCUGAGUAUCAGAUUGACACAACAAGUAUUCCAUGGCCAUUAAUGCUACACAACCAUACCAGCAUCCUUCUUCCUGAAGAGCAGCAGCUUCUGCUCCUUGGAGGUGGUGGGAACUGUUUUUCCUUUGGCACCUACUUCAACCCUUGUACAUUGACAUUAGAUCUUUCUUCCUUGAGUACUGAGCAGUAA